AUGACCUUCAGGGGUCAUAAAAAACCAGAAUGUAUGACCUUUAGGGAUCAUAAAGAACCAGGAUGUAUGACCUUCAGGGGUCAUAAAGAACCAGGAUGUAUGGCCUUUAGGGGUCAUAAAGAACCAGAAUGUAUGACCUUUAGGGGUCAUAAAGAACCAGGAUGUAUGGCCUUCAGGGGUCAUAAAGAACUAGAAUGUAUGUCCUUUAGGGGUCAUAAAGAACCAGGAUGUAUGACCUUUAGGGGUCAUAAAGUAUCAGGAUGUAUGACCUUUAGUGGUCAGAAAGAACCAGGAUGUAUGACCUUUAGGGGUCAUACAGAACCAGAAUGUAUGACCUUUAGGGGUCAUAAAGAACCAGGAUGUAUGACCUUCAGGGGUCAUAAAGAACCAGGAUGUAUGGCCUUUAGGGGUUAUAAAGAACCAGAAUGUAUGACCUUUAGGGGUCAUAAAGAACCAGGAUGUAUGGCCUUUAGGGGUCAUAAAGAACCAGAAUGUAUGACCUUUAGGGGUCAUAAAGAACCAGGAUGUAUGGCCUUCAGGGGUCAUAAAGAACUAGAAUGUAUGACCUUCAGGGGUCAUAAAGAACCAGAAUGUAUGACCUUCAGGGGUCAUAAAGAACCAGAAUGUAUGACCUUUAGGGAUCAUAAAGAACCAGGAUCUGCAGUACCUGACUGUCUUCUUUGUGGUACGUUUAAGAAGUUUGUACAGGAAUGUAAUCUAUGGAUUAGUAGCGGUGGUACGUCAUCAGUUUUACAUUACGAUGCAGAUCACAAUAUUCACUGUUUAUUUGACGGUAGAAAAGACAUUAUUCUAAUUCAUCCAAAGUACCAAGACUAUUUAGACAUGGUCAAGAAGGCAUCAUAUUCUGGAUCAAGUUAUUCCACGAUGGAUAUGGACAUGAUCAAUAUGUAUAAGAAUCCAAACAUCGCUAAAGUUCCGUGGACAUGGGCAACAAUCAGACCUGGUGAUUGUGUUUAUUUACCUGCUGGUUACUUACACCAAGUGCGGUCUUAUGGUCGAAGUCUUGCCGCUACGAUACUCUUUACCACGGAUGGUGACUUUGACGACAGUGAUUGCGAUGAUGCAACAUUUAACUAUACAAGUCUAGCAGAUAUUGACGUGACAUGGACGUACAAGAAAGGUGACAAGACUAUUGACAUGGGUUACAUGAAUAUAGAAAUUAUACGUCGGAAUUUACUCGCAUUUUCACAAGAAGAGGAUAGGUUAUUAAAAGAGCGGUUUAUUUAUUAUUACUACGAUAUGCAGGAUAAGGAGGAAGAAAAUAUACCGCCAGCAGAGCAGGCAUGGGCCAAGUUGGACAAAGCUGGUAAAGGAUUUCUUACCCGAAAUGAAAUUAUUAAUAUGGACAAAGAAAUUCUGAAAGAUUUUGCUCGCUUUGUUGAUCCUCCACAUGGGCCAUCUGGAGGAGAGACUCAUGAUGAACUUUGA